AGCAGUGAGCACUCUCGUUUCCUCUCUGAUCUUAUAUAGAUAAAAACGUCAACGUCGGACGAUGUAAUAUUUUGAUCUCGUAAAACCACGCCGGUGAACGUUGUUGAAUUUUUACGUUUAGUUAAGAAGGAACUUAAAUUAAAGGCGUAACAAUGACGGCGUUCGAAGAAAUGGGUGUUUUACCCGAAAUCGGGAAAGCCGUCGAUGAAAUGGAGUGGACAUUGCCAACUGAUGUCCAAGCAGAGGCGAUCCCACUGAUUUUGGGUGGCGGAGAUGUCUUGAUGGCUGCAGAGACUGGCAGUGGGAAGACAGGCGCUUUUUGCCUGCCAGUUCUGCAAAUUGUAUGGGAAACCUUGAAAGAUCUCGAGUCUGGUAAAACAGGCAAUGCUCCCAAGACUCAGGCUCAACAUUCUAAGCAUUGGUCGCUGAGUUUAUUUGACAGAGGCAGAGCACUGGCUGUAACUCCUGAUGGUCUAAGGUGCCAAAGUCGUGAGCAAAAGGAAUGGCAUGGCUGUAGGGCAAACAAGGGGAUCCAAGGGAAAGAGAAAUACUUCUUUGAAGCUAUAGUAACUGACGAGGGAUUAUGUCGCGUGGGCUGGUCCACGUCUCAAGCCGUGUUGGACUUAGGAACGGAUAAAUUUGGGUUUGGCUUCGGUGGCACUGGUAAAAAAUCGAAUGCCAAACAGUUCGACAGUUAUGGAGAGGCAUUUGGAAUGCACGAUGUAAUUGGAUGCCUCUUAGACUUGUCAAAGGGUGAAAUCAGAUUCACUAAAAACGGUGUAGAUCUAGGUGUGGCAUUCACCCUAAAUGCUCAACAGAAAUCGCAAACAUUUUAUCCAGCCGUGGUAUUGAAAAAUGCGGAAAUGUCGUUCAACUUCGGUGCACAACCAUUUAAAUAUCCACCGCCGAGCGACUACGUAGCCGUCGCGUCGGCCCCUAAGGAAGUCGUGAGAGAAAACCCCAUAAAUAGUAAUCAGGGUCAGAGUAGAGAUGAUGGAAAGCCAAAAUGCAAUGCCCCUCAAGCUAUAAUAAUCGAGCCUUCUAGAGAACUCGCUGAACAAACAUACAGUCAAAUUCAGAAGUUCAAAAAACAUUUGAAAGAUCCCACGAUCAAGGAUCUAUUAGUAAUUGGUGGUGUCAGCGUGAAGGAUCAAAUUGCUGCGUUAAAUUCCGGUGUGGACAUAGUGGUCGGAACGCCUGGUCGUUUAGAAGACUUGAUACAAGGCGGAUACUUGGCUCUGACUCAUUGCAGGUUCUUUAUCUUGGACGAAGCUGAUGGUCUGUUGAAACAGGGAUACACGCAAUUGAUCGAACGUUUGCAUCAACAAAUACCAAAGAUCACGUCGGAUGGAAAAAGAUUGCAAAUGAUCGUUUGUUCGGCAACGUUACACGCGUUUGAAGUCAAAAAGAUGGCUGAACGUUUGAUGCAUUUUCCAACGUGGGUAGAUUUGAAGGGUGAAGACGCUGUGCCUGAAACGGUGCACCACGUCGUCGUGAUGAUAGACCCGCAGCAGGACAAGUCUUGGCACAAUCUGAGACACCACAUCGAGACCGAUGGCGUCCAUAGUAGAGAUAACGUGAGACCCGGGAGUAAUAAUCCUGAAACCCUUUCGGAGGCUGUGAAAAUCCUAAAAGCCGAAUAUUGUAUUCGCGCUAUCAAGGAGCACAACAUGGACAGAGCUAUAAUUUUCUGCAGAACUAAAUUAGAUUGCGACAAUCUGGAACGAUAUUUGAAACAAUCUGAUGGCAAGCAAUUUUCUUGCGUGUGUCUGCACGGCGACCGCAAACCUGCGGAACGUAAAUCUAACUUGGAGAAAUUCAAACGAGCAGACGUCAAGUUCUUGAUCUGUACCGACGUCGCGGCCAGAGGUUUAGACAUUAGCGGAUUGCCUUUCAUGAUCAAUAUAACACUGCCCGACGAGAAAUCGAAUUACGUUCAUCGCAUCGGUAGAGUGGGUCGAGCCGAACGAAUGGGUCUGGCCAUUUCGUUGGUCAGUAAAGUUCCUGAGAAAGUGUGGUAUCACGGUGAAUGGUGUACCUCCCGUGGAAGGAACUGUUCCAAUACCAAUCUCACCGACAAGGGCGGAUGUUGCAUUUGGUACAACGAGCCGAACUAUCUAGCUGACAUCGAGGAUCACUUGAACAUUACAAUUCAGCAAGUGGACCCGGACAUGAAAGUGCCGAUGAACGACUUUGACGGGAAAGUUGUGUACGGAGAAAAGAAAGCGGCGAUGGGCUCGAACUAUCAGAAUCAUAGCGAGGAAAUGAUGCCUUUCGUGAACGUGUUAUCGUUGUUGGAAUCGAAUACGCAACUCCUGUACUUGAAGAGGCACAUUGCCAAAGCGGUGAAGUGAACCGUCUUCAGCCGUAGGAUUUUGACUUUACCCCGUCUCCAAGUGACUCGCUGCACGAUGCUCGAACGAUUCCUUAAUAUUUAUAAAUAUACCGUACUUUCGAGUGUAUAAAUUUGUUACAAGUAAUAAAACAUUUUGCCUUCGCGAAA